UGGAGCCAUGGGGCCCACCCAGCCCCUGCCUGCCCCGAUGUCCCGGCUCGCGGCCUGCUGACCUCGGCUACAGGGGGAGCCCCCCCUGCGCCCCCUCGCCAGCCUCAGCAGCCAGAGACCCUGGGUGAGACCCUGGGCCAGACCCCCAGCCCAGGGCAGCCUCCCACACCCCCCUGCCCCCGCCUGCCUCCCCCUCCCCCACCCCUUCCUCCUCCUCCCAGGACUGGACCAGAGAAGCCACUGUGGCCACUGGGGGGGGCCCUGCGCCCCCAACUCUCGCCGGCUGCCCCUAGUAGGAGUCCACGGGCUGGCCGGGGGCUCCCUCAGGCCUGGCGGGACCAGGAUGCUGCCCCGUCACCUGCCUCCCAGCCCCACACAACGCCCCCACCCACCCGAACAUCCAGUCUGACUGGAGACAGCCGGAUGCCCUCUGAUCCCGGGCCCGAGGCGGGCAGUGGCUGGCCGGGCCUCCUCAUGUCCUGCCUGAAGGGCCCCCAUGUCAUCCUCAAGAUGGAGGCCAUGAAGAUUGUCCACCCUGAAAAGUUCCCUGAGCUACCGGCUGCCCCCUGCUUCCCGCCUGCUCCCCGGCCCACCCCAACUCUGGCACCCAAGCGUGCCUGGCCCUCAGACACAGAGAUCAUUGUCAACCAGGCAUGUGGGGGGGACAUGCCUGCCUUGGAAGGGGCACCCCAUACCCCGCCGCUGCCGCGGCGGCCCCGUAAGGGAAGCACAGAGCUGGGCUUUCCCCGCGUGGCCCCAGAGGAUGAGGUCAUUGUGAAUCAGUACGUGAUUCGGCCCGGCCCCUCGGCCUCCGCGGCUUCUUCGGCAGCGGCAGGCGAGCCCCUGGAGUGCCCCACCUGUGGGCACACCUACAACGUCACCCAGCGGCGGCCCCGUGUGCUGUCCUGCCUGCACUCUGUGUGUGAGCAGUGCCUGCAGAUUCUCUACGAGUCCUGCCCCAAGUACAAGUUCAUCUCCUGCCCCACCUGCCGCCGCGAGACUGUGCUCUUCACCGACUACGGCCUCGCCGCGCUGGCUGUCAACACAUCCAUCCUGAGCCGCCUGCCGCCCGAGGCGCUGACAGCCCCAUCCGGGGGUCAGUGGGGGGCUGAGCCCGAAGGCAGCUGCUACCAGACCUUCCGGCAGUACUGUGGGGCCGCGUGCACCUGCCACGUGCGGAACCCACUGUCCGCCUGCUCCAUCAUGUAGUAGUGCCUGCCCACCCACCACUGCCCGCUGAGCCUCACUCGCCGCUUCUUCAGGGACCCAGCCCUGCCCUGCCGCCCGCUGACCCUUCCUUCCCCACCAUGGCUUCUGGCCCCACCCCGAGUGGCAUUGUCGCUGCAGCCAACUUUGCCAUUAAAACUCUUUGCCAAAGUUUGCACCUGU